UGGCGGGCCAAAACUUCAUAGUAUUUGUUUCUUUUGCCGUUUGGGAUUCCGGAGUUGUCGCUGGAUUUCUGGCGAAUAUGUAGCGCGGUAUGGGAGCGGCUGUCUUCAGAUCACUGUGAAACAAAUUUUAUUGAACUCAGCACUGGAGAGUUUUUCAUCGUGUUCGAAGCAAGGAUAAAGCGUUCUGGGUUGGGUUCUCUGCGCUUUCUCUCGAAGCAUUCGAAUUAUGGAGGGUUUGCAGAAGGUGAUUGGGAAAAUCCCAAAAGACCCCCCAAAAUUGGGCUCCGCUUCAGCUUCCUUCGACCCUCACCGUGGGACUGAAGGUCUCGCCGCCGCUCUGUCUUCCUCCGAUCAGUCUCGUAUUUUGCUCAACAGACCCGCAAGUCGUGAUAUGAACAACUGCAAUGCCAUAACGGUCGAUUCCGCCAUGACAGCCCACGAAGUCUCCUCUUCAUCCUCCUCCAAGUCAAAACUCUGGAAUUACACUGUGUUUUUUAGCUUCAGCGGCGAAACGCGCAAUGGCUUCACCGGCCACCUCCACGCGCAAUUCAAAGACCGGGGAUACCAGGCUUAUAUCGAUGAGGACGAUCUAAAAAGAACGAAAGAAAUAAAAAAGGAACUGUACCAGGGAAUUGAAGAGUCGAGGAUCUCUAUCAUUGUCUUCUCAAAGAUGUAUGCAGAUUCGAGUUGGUGUCUUGACGAGCUGGUUAAGAUCAUGGAGUGCAGAGACAAACUGGGGCGAGAUGUUUUGCCAAUAUUCUAUCAUGUUGAUCCUUCACAUGUCAGGAAGCAAAAUGGAGAUUUUACCGAAGCAUUUCAGAAUCACGAAAAGGACAUCCAUGAAGAAAAAGAUGGCAAGACACGUGAAAAGGUAAACCAGUGGAGAAGGGCUCUUACAGAAGCUGCAAAUUUGUCUGGCUACCAUCUUAAAAUCACUGACAAUAGGCACGAAGCAACGGUUAUAAGAGAAAUUGUUGACAAGGUUAUUACGAACUGGCUUUUAACCGUAAACAUAUUACCAGCGGCCAAGCACCAAGUUGGAAUCGAUUCUCGGAUUAAAGAUAUUAUCACUUAUCUUUCAAGUGAUGGAUCAGAUGAUGUUCUCAUGGUUGGAAUUUGGGGGAUGGGUGGAUUGGGUAAAACAACAUCUGCGAAAGCCAUUUUUAACAAAAUUCAUCAUAAGUUCCAGUUCAAAUGUUUCCUUGCCAACGUUCACGACAAUACAAGUAAACAUGGUCUGACUUAUUUGCAAGAAAAACUUAUUUUUGACAUCUUGAAACAGAAGUCUGAAAUAAGCAGUGUUGAUAAAGGUAUCAGUCUGAUAGAAGAUCAAUUUUCACAUAGAAAGGUACUUCUCAUCAUAGACAACAUAGAUCGAGUGGAACAACUGAAUGCAAUAGCUGGAAAUCACAAAUGGUUUGGUCCUGGAAGUAGAAUUAUCAUAACGACACGAGAUGAACAUUUACUAAAGCAAGGGAAAGUGAACAAGACAUAUCCGGCUCAGAAAUUGAAUAAAGAAGAAGCUCUAGAGCUCUUGAGUUGGCAUGCCUUUGGAAAUCGACAGCCUAGCGAAGGAUUUCUUGAACUCUCAGAAAAGUUUGUUUCUUACUGUUAUGGUUUGCCACUAGCCCUUGAAGUUGUAGGUUCUUUUUUGGUUAAAAGACCCAUUGCAGAGUGGGAAUGUGAAUUGAAGAAAUUGAAAACAACUCCUGAACGAAACAUAAUAGAAGCACUAAGAAUAAGCUUUGAAGGGCUAGAUGAUACACAGAAGGCUAUAUUCCUUGACAUAUGUUGUUUCUUUAUUGGAGAGGACAAGGACUAUGUCGCAAAAGUAUUAGAUGAAUGUGAAUUUUUUGCGACAAUAGGAAUCAGUGUCCUUUGUGAACGAUGUCUUGUAACUGUUGAACGCAACAAGUUGAAUAUGCAUGAUUUGCUUCGAGAAAUGGCCAGAGUAAUCAUUUCUGAAAAAUCUCCUCGUCAGCCUGAAAAAUGGAGUAGGUUGUGGAAUCCUCAAGAUGUCACCCAUGUAUUAACAAAGAAAUCUGGAACCGAAGAAGUUGAAGGACUUGCUCUACAUUUCCCUAACAAGUCUAGUUGUUUCAGUACAGAAGCAUUUGCCCAUAUGAAUAAACUGAGACUGCUUCAACUCCGGAACGUAAAGCUCAAUGGAGAAUACAAACAUCUUCCCAAAGAGUUAAUAUGGUUGAGGUGGAGAGGAUGCCCUUUGGAGUCCAUACCAGAUGACUUUUUUAAUCAAGAUAAACUAGUAUUUUUAGAGAUGAUUGGCAGCGGUCUGGUAAAAGUUUGGGAGGGUUCCAAGUCGCUUCAGAACUUGAAAAUCAUUAAUCUCACUGGUUCCGGUUUCCUAAUUAAAUCACCGGACUUUUCGCAAGUCCCAAAUCUUGAAGAGUUGAUAUUAGAAGGCUGUAUAAGUUUGUUAGAAAUUCACCCCUCCAUUGGUAAUCUUACAAGACUUUCUUUGGUGAACCUUGAAUGGUGUAACAAGCUUGUUUCUCUUCCAAGGGAUUUCUAUAGGUUGAAAUCUGUGGAGACUCUUCUUCUUAAUGGUUGUUAUCAAUUCAGAGAACUGCAUGAGGAUUUACGGGAGAUGGAAUCAUUGAGAGUACUUAGAGCAGAUAAGACAUCCAUAAGUCAACUACCACAUACCACAGUAAGAUUGAAGAAACUCACUCAUUUAUCUAUAAUGGCAGCGCCUUGUGCUGAACGUUUUGGUGCUUACUGUAUACCAACGGGCGCAUUAAACGAUGAUGGAAUCCCCAACCUUCGUAUCAUUCGUCACACAAUGGGCGCAUUAAACGAUGAUGGAAUCCCCAAGGAUCUUGGGAGUCUAAGUUCUUUACAAUUUUUGGAUCUUGGAGGGAAUGAUUUUCAUACCCUACCAAGCUUCAGUGGUCUUUCAAAGCUUGAAACUCUACUGUUACGUAAAUGCAAGUUUCUUCAUACAAUCCCCGACUUACCAACAAAUUUGAAAUUUCUGCAUGCCAAUAGUUGCCCUGCAUUGGAAACAAUGCCUAAUUUUUCAGAAAUGACAAAUAUGAGAGAACUGGAUAUAAGUGAUUCACCCAAACUCAUUGAGGUUCCAGGCCUGGAUAAGUCAUUAAACUCCAUGACAUCGAUUCAUAUGAUUAACUGCACCAGUCUCACAGCUGAUUUUAAGAAGAAAAUCCUACAGGGAUGGACUUCCUGCGGACUCGGUGGCAUUUUCCUCCAUUGGAGUUAUGUUCCUGAUUGGUUUGAGUUUGUCAAUGAUGGCAAUAAAGUCAGUUUUGAUAUUCCCCCUAGUGAUGAUCAUAAUUUUGAAGGACUAGCUCUGUUCUGCAUUUCCCAAUGUUCUUUCACUAUUGCCAUUACUAUUGUAAAUAAUACCAAGCAUACUAAGUUGCGGGAGACCAUCAGAAGAUCAUAUCUGCGCAAUUAUCUUUGGCAGGGACAUAUAUCGAACGAUAAGCUCAAUUUGCAAAGCGGGGAUAAAGUUGAUGUAAUUUUUGGAGACAGGGAUUAUCCUGAUAGAAUGAAGAGAAUAGGAGUUAAUCUAGUAUGGGACAAACCUAUGAAGUAAAAUAUGCAUGAUUUGCAUCGUGCUGUUUAUGUUUUUGAGCCAUAUUCACCCCGGUUCUAUGAUGAGGCAGGACCAAGCCAUGACGCAUCUGAUAAUAAUCAUCCCAGUAAUCAAACGUGAAUUACUACAGAUGACAGAAUGGAAAAAGGCAAAAAUUGUGAAGUGAAAGCAUCACCUGUCUAGAUUAAGUCUCACCAGAUUGGUUCUAUGGUGAGGCACGAUCAAGGCGGUGAUGCAUCGUCAUCAUCAAGCUCAUCCUCAUCAUCACAUAUCUGAGUUCUUGGUCUACAGAUCACCGCUAGCUUCAUCAUCAGCAAGUCAAUAUUUCAUAUAUCUUUCAGAUUCUUGUGAUUUUUCCAGUAAGUAAUUGUUUUGAAUUUUGAAGAUAUAUGGCAUUCAGAAACAUUUCAGCAUUACAAAAACCCAUAUAAGUUAAGCAUCCAAUGAUUCGAGAAAUACCAUUCGAAUUCGCAGAAAUACUUGCCCUA